UGUGUGUCUGCGUGUGAGAGAGCGAGCGAGCGUGUAUGUUCUCAUUAGGGGACGAUCUAUGAUUUGACAGCCUCACUGCUGCUGCUCCUGCUGCUGCUUCUGCUUCUGCUGCGGCUGUAUGGUUUGUCAUUAGUUGGAAAGGGCUGUGAGGGUUUGGAGAAACUGCAGUUUUAAAGACUGAGCACUGCUAAGUGGUCUCCCUCUCAAAUAGAGUAGACAAGAUUUUCUGCAAGAUUAGAAACUUGGAACUAUUACCACUUCAUCUACCCAGAAAAUCAAGCAGCGCUACAGAGGAUAAGGGGGAUGGAACUGCUGCAAUAAAGGUGGGCGCUGGAAAGAAGAUGUUUUGAGAAGUCAGUGUUUCCGAGAAACUUUAAGCCUCUAAAGAUGGAAAACGAGACAGUCAGUGAACUGAACCAAACACAGCUUCAGCCACGAGCAGUGGUGGCCUUAGAAUACCAGGUGGUCACCAUCUUACUUGUGCUCAUUAUUUGUGGCCUGGGCAUUGUAGGCAACAUCAUGGUAGUCCUGGUUGUCAUGAGAACCAAGCACAUGAGGACCCCCACAAACUGCUACCUGGUGAGCCUGGCAGUAGCUGAUCUCAUGGUCUUGGUGGCCGCAGGCCUCCCCAACAUAACAGACAGUAUCUACGGUUCCUGGGUCUAUGGCUAUGUUGGAUGCCUCUGCAUUACUUACCUCCAGUAUUUGGGAAUUAAUGCAUCCUCUUGUUCAAUAACAGCCUUUACCAUUGAGAGGUACAUAGCAAUCUGUCACCCCAUCAAAGCCCAGUUUCUCUGCACAUUUUCCAGAGCCAAAAAGAUUAUCAUCUUUGUCUGGGCUUUCACAUCUCUUUACUGUAUGCUCUGGUUCUUCUUGCUGGAUCUCAAUAUUAGCACCUACAAAGAUGCUAUUGUGAUAUCCUGUGGCUACAAGAUCUCCAGGAAUUACUACUCACCUAUUUACCUAAUGGACUUUGGUGUCUUUUAUGUUGUGCCAAUGAUCCUGGCUACCGUCCUCUAUGGAUUCAUAGCUAGAAUCCUUUUCUUAAAUCCCAUUCCUUCAGAUCCUAAAGAAAACUCUAAGACAUGGAAAAAUGACUCAACCCAUCAGAACACAAAUUUGAAUGUAAAUACUUCUAAUAGAUGUUUCAACAGCACAGUAUCUUCAAGGAAGCAGGUCACCAAGAUGCUGGCAGUGGUUGUAAUUCUGUUUGCCCUUUUAUGGAUGCCCUACAGGACUCUGGUGGUUGUCAACUCAUUUCUCUCCAGUCCUUUCCAAGAAAAUUGGUUUUUGCUCUUUUGCAGAAUUUGCAUUUAUCUCAACAGUGCCAUCAACCCGGUGGUUUACAAUCUCAUGUCCCAGAAAUUCCGUGCAGCCUUCAGAAAGCUCUGCAACUGCAAGCAGAAGCCAACAGAGAAACCUGCUAACUACAGUGUGGCCCUAAAUUACAGCGUCAUCAAGGAGUCAGACCAUUUCAGCACAGAGCUUGAUGAUAUCACUGUCACUGACACUUACCUGUCUGCCACAAAAGUGUCUUUUGAUGACACCUGCUUGGCUUCUGAGGUAUCCUUUAGCCAAAGUUGA